AUGGACUCUAGUGCACUCGUUGCUCGCCUUGCGAUUAUUGGAAUUCUGUUCUCCUCCAUCUGCUGGCUCUAUGCGCCAUCUACCCCGCCUUCGUCUACCGAUGGCCAGCUCGUCGAAGGUCAGCGACUGCCUGAUGGAUGGCAUGCCUUGCACCUAGACGGGAGCGAAGCCUUCAACCUCGCAACUCUAGAAGCAAUCACCCCUGGUGUGAACAGCACCAGCACCACCCUAGCUGUCCUUUUGUGUACAACAAUAACGGCUGCUAUUGUGGGCGUCGUUUGGGCCCAGAGCAAGCAGAAAACCUGCGCCAAGAUCAGCGGUAACCUCAAUGGCUGGAAGUAUGUGUACUAUGCUACUGGGUGCAACUGCGACACGACCGCCCAGAAGGAGACCAUCCACGGUGCGCUCUACCACUAUUUAUCGAGUGUUGAGAAGAACAAAGUGUGCGGCACGCAGUGUUUGUCGAUAGACCAUGGAGGCACCUAUGAAGGCUACAUGAAGUUGAGGAAGGCAGAGUGGCUUGACGCCAAUGGCUACUAUAACCCACUUUGUCAGUUGUGCUUCGGGUGGGAACAACAGCUUCAAAUAGCGGUUUCGCGUGAGAUGCAGGGGAGGCUAUAG